AUGUUUGGCAAUGCAAAGGACGACGAGAGUCCCGCCGUCGACACCCCUGCCAACCAUGACGCGCCCAAACCCGCAGCCCCAGCGGCGGACAACGCAGCUGCUGCACCGACAAACACAACCAGCAACGGCUCCGCUUCCAUAGAUCGCAAGCUCAGUGACGCUUCCGCCCCCACCGAGAGAAAACGACGGAGUAGUGGCGUAUCGCGUGCCCGCGACAUGUUCUCGAGCGCGAAACAGUCGCUGCACCUAGGCGGCUCUUCUCCCACCAACACGACCAACAACACCAUGACCGAAAAGGCCGCCCCUCAGACGCCCAUGCAGAAGCUCGGCAAGUCGGAUGCUGCCCUCAGUGUCCCCCAGGGCUCCCUCAACAACUCGGCUGGCGAGUCGGCGCCCGGCCCACGAUCUACCUUCCGCGUCGGUGUCACAGAGGAUAAGAACAAGAAGUGCAGACGAACGAUGGAGGAUACCCACGCAUACCUGUACAACUUCUUGAGCACCCCAGCGCCCUCGUAUGCCGCCGACAAGGCCCGCGCCAUCUCCGACGCCAGCUCCACUCAGUCUGACCCUCUGUCGCAAGCCGUAGUUGAGACGGACAACGGAUACUUCGCCAUCUUCGACGGACACGCCGGAACCUUCGCUGCCGACUGGUGUGGAAAGAAGCUUCACCUGAUCCUGGAAGAGACAAUCCGGAAGAACCCCAACACCCCGAUACCCGAGCUGCUCGAUCAGACCUUCACCGUCGUCGACCAGCAGUUGGAGAAGCUUCCUUUGAAGAACAGUGGUUGUACCGCGGUCAUUGCAGUUCUGAGGUGGGAGGACCGAGUACCUAAUGCGCAAUCGUCCACCGGCUCAGUGCUCUUUGCACCCGCGGCUGUAUCGGCUAUCAAGCAUGCAGGCGAAGGCGGCGAGGCUACCGAUUCCGCUGUGGAGCCCGCAGCUGAACAGCAAGUCGAGGCGAGAUUACGCAACGAGGCCAGCCGACAGCGCGUGCUGUACACCGCCAACGUAGGUGAUGCGCGUAUUGUCCUCUGCCGCAAUGGCCGAGCGCUGCGCCUCUCCUACGACCACAAGGGCAGCGACGAGAACGAGGGACGCCGUGUUGCUAGUGCCGGCGGCUUGAUUCUCAACAACCGCGUUAACGGCGUCCUUGCUGUCACACGAGCACUGGGCGAUGCCUAUAUGAAGGACUUGGUCACCGGACACCCGUACACCACCGAGACUGUGAUUCAGGCCGAGCAGGACGAGUUUCUCAUUCUCGCUUGCGAUGGUCUCUGGGAUGUCUGUUCCGACCAGGAAGCCGUCGACCUAGUCCGCCAAGUUCACGAUCCGCAAGAAGCCUCCAAGAAGCUCGUCGACUACGCCCUCGCACGCUUUUCGACCGACAACCUCUCCUGUAUGGUUGUUCGCUUCGACAACAAGGCUCUUCGGCAGCGCAAAAACGACGCCGCGAUGGGUGUGGACGGUGACCAGUCGACCAUGAAGGGCGGAAUCACCGAGGCAGAUGCCAUCGUAGCACAAGCGAAGAAGUCAAUUGGCGAGCCUGAGAUACCGGUCGAAGCAGCGGCACAGGAAAUUAUUAUGGAGGAGGCCGAGGCUGAGCCCGGUCCUGAGCUCAACUUGGACGCCGCAAAGGCAGCCAGGAAACACGACGCAUAG